AUGUGGAAUUCUAUCAUUACUGGUUAUGCACAGCAUGGCCUUGGAAAGGAAGCAUUGCAGGUGUUCUAUGAUAUGGUAUCUUCAGGUGUACCUCCGGAUGAAGUCACCUUUAUUGGGGUCCUGUCAGCUUGUAGUUAUACUGGAAGGGUGAAAGAAGGAAUUGAAUUAUUCGAGUCGAUGAAAUCAAAGUAUCUGGUGAAUCCCAAAACUGAACAUUAUUCUUGUGUGGUUGAUCUACUUGGUCGAGCAGGAAAACUGAAUGAGGCAAUGAACUUAAUUCGAGACAUGUCGGUGGAAGCAGAUGCUUGUGUUUGGGGUGCUUUACUAGGCGCAUGUAGACUCCAUAACAGGCUCGAUCUGGCUGAAGUUGUCGCAAAGAAACUUUUACUGAUUGAGCCUGAAAAUUCCGGGCAUCAUAUCCUGCUCUCAAAUAUUUAUUCAUCCCAAGGUAGAUGGAGAGACGUUGCGGCAUUGAGAAGUAACAUGCGUGUACAGUCAUUGUCGAAAUCACCUGGGUGUAGCUGGAUUGAAGUGGAGAAAAACGUUCAUGUCUUCACUGGAGGAGAUAUCAUGUCUCAUCCCGAGCAUGCAUUGAUAUUGAAGAUGGUUGAGAAAUUAGAUGGGGUCAUAAUAGAAGCUGGAUAUAGCCCCGAUGGUAGCUUUGUGUUGCAUGAUGUCGAGGAGGAGGAGAAGGUACAUAGCUUACGUUAUCACAGCGAGAAAUUGGCUGUAGCAUUUGGAAUCUUGAAGGUGCCAAAAGGUAUGCCUAUCAGGAUCAUGAAAAACCUCCGGGUAUGUGGUGAUUGCCACGCUGCUAUCAAGUUGAUAGCUAGAGUGACUGAGCGGGAGAUUGUGCUAAGAGAUGCCAAUAGAUUCCAUCAUUUUAAGGAUGGUUCAUGCUCUUGUGGGGACUACUGGUAA